CACUUGACAACACACUCUCGCCUGAGGUGCCGGAGACAAGCGGACCUUCCACCGCCUUUCCUCCCUUCUGAAAACCUCAUUUUGCCGCCUCUCCUUGAAGAACAAGGGGACAGAGGGGAGUCAUAUCGCUUCUCUCUUCUUGUCGAAGGGAUCGUUCCAAGAAUUGAGCUUAAAGAGAAGGAGGAAGAAGGUGCAAUAUGGGCGGCGGUGACAAGUAUUCGGUCUUGCUUCCCACUUAUAAUGAGAGAGAGAACUUGCCCAUCAUUACGUGGCUUCUGUGCAAGUAUUUCAAGGAGAGCAACAUUAACUACGAGAUUAUUGUGAUUGAUGAUGGGUCCCCAGAUGGCACAUUAGAAGUUGCAAAGAAGUUGCAGGAGAUAUAUGGAGAAGACAGAAUUGUUCUGCGGCCAAGAGCGAAGAAGCUAGGUCUUGGAACAGCAUAUAUCCAUGGCAUAAAACAUGCUACAGGAAACUAUGUCAUCAUCAUGGAUGCUGAUUUAUCACACCAUCCCAAGUUCAUCCCUGAGUUCAUCAAGAAGCAGAAGGAGGGCAACUAUGACGUUGUGUCAGGCACGCGGUAUGUGGGGGAUGGGGGUGUGUAUGGAUGGGACCUGAAGCGCAAGAUUAUCAGCCGUGGAGCCAACUACGUUACACAGGUCCUCCUCAGACCUGGGGCAUCAGACCUAACUGGAUCUUUCAGGCUUUAUCGCAAGGAUGUGCUGCAGAAGCUGGUGGAGUCUUGUGUGAGCAAGGGCUAUGUCUUCCAAAUGGAGAUGAUCAUUCGGGCACGGCAAUUUGGCUACACUGUUGGAGAGGUUCCUAUCAGCUUUGUUGACCGCGUGUAUGGCGAGAGUAAGCUUGGAGGAUCAGAAAUUAUUGGUUUUGUCAAAGGACUCCUCUACCUUUUUGCCACAACUUAAGCAGGAUGGUAAUGGAAUGGCAUGGACUGAGAUGGAAUUGCAGUAUUAAUGGAAAUGGCAACAAGGAAGGACUUGUACUUAUAGGAGUGGAAGCUCUAGGGAGAAGAUGGAGGACCUUCAUUUUUGAAGUGGAUUUUCAUAAAGAGUAUGUCUGGGUGAUAGGAGGAUGAAAGUGGUCUUUGCUUCAUUGUUUUGGAGAGAUAUUUAUGUAUGUGUAUGUGUAGAAGUAUAUGUGAUGUGUGUUUUCUCAAAUGAAAUUAUUUUGAUACAGAGUUUAGGGAUAGAUCUGGUGCCUUUUGAACUUGAUGUGUAUUUCUGUUACUGACAGACAAGGUGUGUGUUUUUUACAUUUUUAUAGCAAAGUACUAUAGCUAUAUGUAAAAAAAAUUAACAUUCCAAUAUGAAUACUCCUUAGGGUAUCAGUUACUGAUAUUAUCCAUGUUCUGAAAAAUACUUUGCAGCUACAUGUUGAUGUCACUUGUUUUAAUGUUGAAUCAUACUUGUUAUAAAUAAAUAUUAAAUGCAU